AUGUUUGCUUUGCACAGGGUUCGUCAAUUUCGCGUCUUUUCCGCACUGGUUGUCGGUUCGAUUGUGUGCUGCGCGAAAAGCGUCAAUGAACCGGGCAACAUGUCGUUUGUAAAGGAGACGGUGGAUAAACUGCUGAAGGGAUAUGACAUCCGACUGAGGCCAGACUUUGGAGGGGCCCCUGUUGCAGUCGGGAUGAGCAUAGACGUGGCGAGCAUAGACAUGGUGUCAGAAGUCAACAUGGACUACACGUUGACCAUGUAUUUCCAGCAGUACUGGAGGGACAAGCGUCUAGCCUAUAUAGGAAUCCCCCUCAACUUGACACUAGAUAACAGGGUCGCCGACCAGCUCUGGGUUCCUGACACGUACUUCCUGAAUGACAAGAAGUCUUUCGUCCAUGGAGUUACGGUCAAGAACCGAAUGAUCCGCCUGCAUCCAGAUGGAACAGUUCUCUACGGCCUCAGGAUAACUACAACAGCAGCGUGUAUGAUGGAUCUCAGGAGGUAUCCCCUGGACGAACAGAACUGCACUCUGGAGAUAGAGAGUUAUGGCUACACCACAGACGACAUCGAGUUCUACUGGAAGGGAGGAGAGUCGGCUGUGACGGGGGUGACGCGGAUCGAGUUGCCUCAGUUCUCCAUUGUCGACUACAAGUUGGUGUCCAGAAAUGUAGUCUUUUCCACAGGUGCCUACCCUCGACUGUCUCUCAGCUUCAAGCUCAAGAGGAACAUCGGCUACUUCAUCUUGCAGACGUACAUGCCAUCGAUCCUGAUUACCAUCCUCUCCUGGGUCUCCUUCUGGAUAAACUACGACGCAUCAGCAGCCAGAGUGGCUCUAGGGAUCACCACGGUGCUGACAAUGACCACCAUCAACACUCACUUGAGGGAGACGCUGCCCAAGAUUCCCUACGUCAAGGCCAUCGACAUGUACUUGAUGGGCUGCUUCGUCAUGGUCUUCCUGGCCCUGCUGGAGUACGCCUUUGUUAACUACAUCUUCUUCGGGAGGGGCCCUCAGAUGCAAAAGAAGCUUGCGGAAAAAGCGGAAAAGGCAAACAACGAGAGGGCCAAGUACGAUGCCGCAAGGGAGGCAGGUAGUAGGACCGCGUCCCUAAAGCGAUCCAAUCAGGUUAAAGGUCUCCGCCACUCACGCUCGGCGGAGCCACACGGACACGGGAAUAUCCUUUUAACCACCCUGGAGAUCCACAAUGAAGUGGCGGGAGGUGAGAUCACCACCAGUGUGGCAGACAUUAGGAACUCUCAGUCCAUGGUGCAGCUGGAUAGCACGGCGCCGACCAAUAUCCAGUACCGGAAGCAGAGCGGUGGGACCGCGCUGCGCUCUGCCAGCCGCCACUCCCUGGACCGCUCUGCCCAGAUGAAACGCAGCCGCCUGCGGAGGCGAUCCUCGCAGCUUAAAAUUAAAAUCCCAGACCUGACGGAUGUGAACGCCAUCGACCGUUGGUCACGGAUCAUUUUUCCUUCCGUUUUCUCGCUCUUUAACCUCAUCUACUGGCUCUACUAUGUGUGAUUGGAGUUUUUUUUUUUUUUUCUUGAGAUGUUUGUUGUUUGUUUGUCUGGUUUUUAUCACUUUGUUUCUUUUCUUCUUCCUGUUUUUCUGUUGCUUUUGUACGUGAUGGAAUCUGUCAAGUUACAGACUGGAACACUACGAGACAAAAAAAAAAAAAAAAAAAA